AUGAGGACCACACAAGUCAUUCUUGCAGUCUUUGCUGCCACUGCCUACGGUCGCGUGGCCAGGCGCGCUGCAUUCGCCGACGGUGACGCUUGCAUCGCUGCCCAGGCGCUCGCUGAUGGCAUUCAGAGCAACAUCGACCUACAGACAGGCGAGCAGGCUAGUGUUGAGAAGGUCAAGGCUGCUGUGAGCCAGAACCCGAUCGACCAGGCCGCCUUCACCGCCGCCAAGUCACAGCUGCUCGACUUUGUCAACGCCGGCAUUUCUGCUCGCGAGAACAACCAAGCUAUCGCGCCUGCUGGCAACGCUGCCGUUGACGGUCUCGGAAUCGUACAAAAUGCGCAGGCUGAGGAGCUCAACCUGGCUCAGUCUCUCACGGGAGCCGCCAGCGACCUCGAUAUUGUUUCACAACUCGAGACGGAUUUUGCCGGUGGCAUCAAGCAGAACCAACAGAACAAGGUCGACAAACGACAAACGAACAACAGCGUCGUCCCCCAGACGGGAUGGAUAUUCGGGGCCGUCAUGAUCUCCCAGGCCUUGCAGGGCUGCGCGAAUGCCAACGCCAAUGCUGGCGCUGCCGCCAACAACGGUACCGCCAACGCUGGAGGUGCCCAGGCAGCCGGUGGAAAGAAAGGAAAAGGUGGUGCCAAGGCAGGAGGCGCACAAAAGGGCGGAGCCCAGGCCGAUGGCGCCAAUGCUGCUGCCGCGAAGGCAGGACAAGCCAAGGCUGGACAGGAUCAAGCUGCACAGCAGGACCAAGCUGCGCAGCAAGCUCAGGCUGGACAACAGGCACAGGCUGGACAGGCCCAAAAUGCCGGAGCACUUGCCGCCGCGCUGGCUGGAGCACAGUUGCAGGGUGCACAAGCUCAAGCACAGAACUCGGCUCAAACACUGCAGGUGAUCAGCGUCGUUUGA